AUGAGAUACUGGUUUGAGCUGGGGUUCACCACAAAGCUCCGUCUGAAGAGCGAGGCUGUUCCCACUCUUGGUCUUCCACGAGCGAGGAAGGAGCUCCCAACGUUGCUGCCCAGCCACGGAGACUCCGGGCGCCACUCUGAGCCUAAAGCAACCAGAGAAAUGGCCUGUCAGACGGAUCCAAUCAUCAGCAGGCACGCUUGUGUCCAGGCCAAUGUUAAGCCCAGCAGGCGCAGCAAAGGCUUGCAGGUGCAGGCUCCACAUAAGAGCCUUCCAUCUGAACGACAGUUCUCUGAACUGUUCAAGCGCUACAACGGAAGUCCCUCCACACAAAGCCAGAAAGUACAUUGUUCAUGA